CACAGCAUGAGUUCUGAGGAAAACGAAAACAAAUUAACCGAAGCCGAAGCUAAAGAUGCCGAAGCCAAUUUACAAGUCAAACCUCUCUUCAUACCAUACAAGAUGGGAACUUUCAAUCUAUCUCACAGAAUAGUGUUGGCACCCUUAACAAGAACAAGGUCCUAUAACUUCAUUCCUCAGCCUCAUGCUGCUUUGUAUUAUUCUCAAAGGACAACCAAGGGUGGAUUCUUGAUUUGUGAAGCCUCAGGGAUUUCUGAAACUGCACAAGGGUACCCGAACACUCCUGGAAUUUGGAAAAGGGAACAUGUAGAAGCAUGGAAACCAAUUGUUGAUGCUGUUCAUGAGAAAGGAGGCAUAUUUUUCUGCCAACUCUGGCAUGCUGGAAGAGUCUCCAACUACAAUUACCAGCCUAAUGGCGAGGCCCCAUUAUCAAGUACAGACAAGCCAGUAAGCCCUAAAAUUCAAGCAGAUGGAAGCAGAAUUUCAAAACAUCCACCACCACGUCGGCUUCGAACAGAUGAAAUCUCAACGCUUGUAAAUGACUUCAGAGCAGCGGCCAAAAACGCUAUAGGAGCAGGUUUUGAUGGAGUUGAGAUACAUGCUGCAAAUGGUUACUUACUGGACCAAUUCCUCAAAGACCAAGUGAAUGAUCGAGACGACAUUUAUGGGGGCAGUUUAGAAAACCGUUGCCGUUUCCCUCUUCAGGUAGUUAAAGCCGUUGCUGAAGAAAUCGGACCUCACAGGAUUGGUAUUAGGCUCUCUCCUUUCACAGAAUAUAAUGAUUGUAUUGACUCUGACCCUCAAGCUCUGGGAAUUCACAUGGCUAAGUCAUUAAACCAAUAUGGGAUUCUGUAUUGCCAUGUGAUUGAGCCGAGAAUGGUGUCCCUAUUAGAAAGAUGCGAUGAUGAGACUCGCUUCUCUUUGAGACCUAUUAGAAACGAGUUUGGAGGUACCUUUAUUGUUGCAGGUGGAUAUAAUAGGAAUGAAGGGAAUGAAGUGAUUGCUAAUGGAGGUGCUGAUUUAGUUGCGUAUGGUCGCUUGUUUUUGGCAAACCCAGAUUUGCCUUUAAGAUUUCAACUUGAUGCUCCACUCAAUAAGCCUGAUAAAUCCACCUUCUAUACGCAAGACCGCGUGGUGGGCUAUACAGAUUAUCCCUUUCUUCAGCUUUCUAACAGUCAGUAGAAUUGGACUGAAUUAGUCAGUCUGAAGGAGAACCAGCCAAUGGUAUACUCCGCAAUUUAAUUACCAGAAAUAGUGGAGAAGUGAACUGGUCAGAACCAGUAAAAACCUGUUAGAACUGGUAUUUCUUUUUGUUUUCUUUAAUUUUUAAAUAACCCAAAACUAUGCUGUUUGGUGUUUUUAUUUUGUACUUUGCUUGGUUUUCCUUUAGUGUCAUAUACAUUUUAUAAUUUAUUGGUAGUUCUAAUU